CUUUUCUUAAGCCCGGAUUUUGAAAGCUUAAGGAGGAGGGAAGGGGAAGGGGAGGGGGGGCAAAAGCGUGUUUGGAGUGAAUAAAAGUAUUGCAUGGGUGCCACAGAAAGAUUGAGAUUAGGAGAAUCUCAACUCUGCCCUGCGAGAAAAAGCAUCUCCAGCAGCCGGGGCAGACCGCGACUCCUCCUCUAAUCAAUCAAGCAAAGGUUUCAUUAUUUUCAUCUCCGAAUUUCGCAAGAAAAAGAAACACUAGUACAAUUCCUAGUAUGAGUUUCCUACGCCGCUGAAAGCCCAAACAAAUCUCACCUAAACCCUAUCAAUGAUGAAGUGAAAUGAAAUGGGACGAAACGAAAGCGGCGUUGCUUUGCCGUGGGGGGCAAAACGGCGAGGCCUCGAUCGCAGCCCCUCCUAAUGUUGACCACCAAUUUUCCCUUGAGCAAAAAACUAAUGAUGGCGAUCAUGGAGGGCGUGUAAAUAAUUGCCCGUGUCCACCCGAUUAAAGAAGUGCAAACAGUCAAAUAAUGAUGAGCGGGGUGGGUGCACAAGUUUUACAGCCAGGCAGGCACCUUGAGAAAGCGAGCAUAAACUAAUGCCUGCGAGGGUUGGCAAUGUCAGGGAUGCCUCUUUACGCCUGCUCCUCUCCUCUGCUCCUGCUAUGCUAUGAGCGGUGCGGUGCGGUGCGAUGCCGAGCAAGUAAGUAACCCAGGCGGAGCGGGUCGUAACUGAAGGAAAGCAAAGGUAAACACCAUGAUUAAAGGGCUGUUAACAAAGGAAAGGUAAAGCGGGGACGGUUAAGGUGCCCUAACACAUUUUAAAGCUUGUUAAACAAAACAAAAAACUGGCCGUGGAUGGCGGUGGUGCCCAGUUUGUGACUAGGAGUAGGAGGAGGAGGAGCAGAGGGCUAAAGCGGUUUGUUAACCAUGCACAGAAACUAGUAGGGCCUCUCGUGGUGGUGGUGGUCAAGAAGAACUAGUAGUAGUACUAGCAGUGUAGUCCUACAAAUGCCACAAGCCUUUGCCUCCACACUCUCCCUCUAGCUAUGUAAGCAUGGUCUACGCGUCUCCCUCUUUUCCUAGCUCAUCUUCUUCCUACGCCUCUCGCCGGCACACCUAGCGCCACAAUCUGCAGCGGCCGCCUCUCCUUUUCUUGCCGUUUCUGUCCAUAGCCUCGCUGCCUUAAGAGCUUUUGCCCAUCGCAUUGCCCAUACGGCCCUGCCCGACCAGAGCACUUCGUCUUCCCUCUCGUCUGCCUCUCGGGUUCUUUCGGCCAGCGGAGGAAUCCAUUUGCUACGCUUGUUGUUGGAGCAGGCAGCUAGGUAGGAGCCAUGGACAUGAACGAGAGCAGCGAGAAAGGGAUGGAGGGCAAUGGGUCCUCUGGCCCCGGCGGCGGCAUCCCCGUGGAGUGGCAGAGCCAAUUCAGCGGCGGCGGCGGCUUCUCGGCGCACCAUCACCAGCAGCAUCCUCAUAUGAUGGACUCCUUCGCGUCCGGCAUGUGGCCGGCGGCCUCGCAGCACGGCGCGGGGUUCCUGGCGCCGGUGCCCGGCUUCCUCCCGCCGCCUGGCCUCGGGGGCCAUUUCCCGGUGGACUCGGGCUUCAUCGAGCGGGCCGCGCGAUCGUCGUGCUUCGUCGGUCCUGGCUCCGGUGGCGGGAUGAUGGGCGCUGGCGCUUUUGGCGGCGCGGGCGAUCAGCACAUGGGCAGCGCUUUCGGGGAGGGGUACUUGGAUCACCGUAGGAAGGAAGGCGGGGACAAGGCCGAGCCGGAGCUCGCCGGGAGCGGCGGCGUGCCGAGCUCGGAGGCAGCCGGCGGAGACUGCUCGUCCAAAGGGUCCGACUCCAAGAAGAGGAGAAGGCCCAGCGAGGUGAUGGGAGGUGAUCAGGUUCAGUCUUCCAACGUGGCCGCUGACUCCGCAAACGAGAGCGCCCAGAGCAAAGAUAAAGGCGAGGAGAGCAGCCCGGCGACGGGGACGACGACCGGCGGCAAGUCCAAGGGGAAGGGUGCCAAGGAGAGCUCCGAGAAGGAGGACUACAUCCAUGUCCGAGCCCGGCGCGGGCAGGCAACCAACAGCCACAGCCUCGCUGAAAGGCUAAGAAGGGAGAAGAUCAGUGAGAGGAUGAAGCUUCUACAGGACCUUGUUCCCGGCUGCAGCAAGGUCACCGGGAAGGCGGUGAUGCUCGACGAGAUCAUCAACUAUGUUCAGUCCCUGCAAAGACAAGUCGAGUUCUUAUCGAUGAAGCUGGCGACAGUAAACCCGAGGCUUGACCUCAACAUAGAAGGGCUUCUCUCAAAGGAUCUUCUUCGCUUCCCUGGGGUGUCCUCCUCGUCGAUGGGAUUCUCCCCGGAGAUGAUGCACCCGCAGCUGCAGCUGUCGCAGCCGGGGCUGAUGCAGGGAGGCGCCGCCGCCAUGGCGAACUCGGACGUGUUCAGAAGAAUCAUGCAAGCGCAACUAGGAGCAAAAGAUGGAUCCCAUUCACAGAUGGCCCACGCAUUGAAUGGCCCGUUCAGCGAUCACGUUGCGCAGAUGGCGUACCCGUCCAUGGGCUCCUCGCACUCGCACUCGCAGGACCUCAGCAUCAGGCCGUCCCAGGACGCCUACCAAAUGUGAUUGAUGCCAUCGCCAGCCAGCCUCCUGAAGAGCCACCCGGCCCGAGUUUGUUUGUCCAGCUAGCUGGCCUAGGCCUAGCCAUCAAUCAUCUGACCGCCAACGGGACGGGCAGCAGAGCAGAGGCCACAUGCACGAGCAAUAUGACCACUGAAGCUGCUGCCGCCCGUGCGUGCGUGCGUGCAGUGCACAGCUGGAGCCUUUAACUGCGCCGUGCGUGCGUGGCCGUGUGUAAAUCGAUCCAUGGAUGGAUCGGGCGUGUUCUUGUUGUAUUCGGGGCUGGAACUGGAAAAAGGGGGCCGAGCAGCCCCACGGGGAGAAAUGAAAUCCUGUGGCGUGGAAUGGAUGGGAA